UAUACUCACACACUCAUCGAGUCGAAUAGUCCACACAGUGGUUGCGCUAUCGAGCAGUCGUGAGUCGAGACGAAACGACACCCGAAAACAUUAUCAUAAAUAUUUAGCACAUAUGCCGCGGUAAUACACCAGUGCAGUCAACAUGACUACCAAGUACAUACAGAAUACGCCGCUCGGAUUAAAAUUCAAAGUGCUUGAUGUCGUGAGAUCGUUAAUUGCUUCAAUUGGAAGACUGUUCUUUACACUGUUCUAUGGUACCGAAAGCGCGAAGAUACCGACCAUACCCGAUAAGGAUGCUAUUCUGAAGGAGCCGGCCGUUGUGGUUGCAAGGAAAAUACGUAGAAAGGAGAUCACAAGCGUGGAGGUAUUAGAAGCAUGCAUCAGGAGGAUCAAAGAUGUAAACUCCGCUCUCAAUUGCUUCGUGGAGGAUCGGUUCGAGCUGGCUCUCAAAGAAGCCCAGGAGGCAGAUUCCCUCGUCCGAAGCGGCAUUAUGUCCGAACAGCAGUUGGAAAAAGAAAAACCUUUCUUAGGAGUCCCGUUCACAACUAAAGAUUGCAUAGCAGUGAAAGGUCUACAUCACACUGCAGGCGUAGUGUUGCGCAAGGAUGUGAUCGCUGAAAAAGACGCAGAAGCUGUCAGGCUCCUGCGAGAGAGUGGAGCCAUCAUUUUAGGCCUCACCAAUAUUCCUGAACUUUGCAUGUGGUGGGAAACACACAAUCACAUUUUUGGGAGGACCAAGAACCCGUACAACACGACCAGAAUAGUCGGCGGUUCAUCGGGCGGGGAGGGUUGUUUGCAAGCUGUUGGCGGCAGUGUGUUUGGAGUUGGUUCUGACAUUGGUGGUUCAAUUCGUAUGCCUGCGUUUUUCAAUGGGAUAUUUGGGCAUAAACCCUCUCGGCAUACGGUUUCGAAUGAAGGGCAGUACCCUGUUCCUGAAUCGGAGCUUACAGAUUCCUUUUUAGGCGUGGGCCCGAUGACUCGACAUGCUGUAGAUCUAAAACCACUUUUGAAUGUUAUGGCUGGUGAAAGUAGGAGCAAGUUGAAACUAGAUGAACCUGUCGACUUAAAAAAAUUGAAGGUGUUCUAUCAGUUCAGCAACAAUGCGCCACUAGUGGAUCCAGUUGAUCCAGAAAUUACCGAAGCUAUGAAGAAAGUCAUCAAGUUUCUGAAUGAACAACAUAAUCUAGAAGCUGAAGAAAAGAACAUUGAGCGCCUACAAAAGUCGGUACCCAUAUGGUUCACAACAAUGAAAAGUGGAAAUAAUUUUGAACGACUUAUCAUGAAGAAGAGAGGUAUAGGCGCGAUUCUCUUCGAAAUGCUGAAAAAUUUGAUUGGUUGCUCUGGAAACACAUUCAUUGGACUCUUUACUGCACUCACGGACUAUACGGGGGUGCAGUAUGGUAGUGAAAAGUACAAACAUUACUUGAGAGUGCGUGAGGAUUUGGAAGAGACAUUCACCAAAAUGCUAGGUGAAAACGGCGUAUUCUUGUACCCGACGCAUCCGACGCCUGCGCCGUAUCACAACGAGCCUGUGUUGAGGGCUUUCAAUUUCUCAUACACGAGCAUUAUUAACUGUGUGGGACUGCCCGCCACUGCCGUGCCAUUAGGCCUUAGUCGGGAGGGACUUCCUAUUGGCAUUCAAGUGGUAGCCAACCACAACAACGAUCGGUUGUGCCUAGCUGUAGCAGAAGAGUUGGGCAGAGCUUUUGGUGGCUGGAUUGAACCCCAAAAAUCUUAAAUAUCUAUUUAUUAACAAGAUUUCUUAUUGAAAUGUUUGUAUAACUGAACAUCACAAUUUUUUUUUAAUGCAAUGUAAUAGUUACUAAAAUAUAUUUCUAUGGUGUA